AUGACUUCCACAGACAGAACAACUAUCGUCUCGGCGCCAGGAAAGGUGCUGUUGGCCGGAGGAUAUCUUGUGCUGGACCCCGCAUUCUCCGGUCUUGUCGUCGCUACUGACGCUCGCUUCUAUACCCUGAUCCGCCCCGGUCAUCACUCUACCACCACAGAACCCUACAAGGUCGUCGUUCGAUCCCCUCAAUUCAAUAACGCCACAUGGACCUACUGGAUCACCCUUCAAGGCACCACUAUCGACUUUUCGCCCAGCAAGGAGGAUGAAUCAAGGAACACGUUUGUUGAAUUGGCCUUGAACUACUCAUUCGCGAUGCUGGCUCACUUGGUCCCUGCAGAGACCUUGACCAAGACCCUGGAAUCCGGACUCGAGAUUGUAAUUGCAGGAAACAACGACUUCUACUCUCAACGCAAAGAGCUCGAGACAAGAGGACUGGACCUCAACACAGAAUCAUUGACGCAGAUCCCAUUGUUCGCCUCGACUCAUACAACACUCAGCAAAGUACACAAGACAGGACUUGGAUCUUCUGCUGCUCUGAUCACCUCAUUGGUCGCCGCCAUCUUUAUCCACUUUGACGCCUCAAAACUCCAACAGGACCAUACCACCAACACCCAGUUCCUCCACAACGUCGCUCAGUUUGUCCACUGUCUCGCUCAAGGAAAGGUCGGAAGUGGGUUUGAUGUCUCGUCCGCUGUCUGGGGAAGCCAUACUUACCGGAGGUUCAGCCCCGAGGUCCUUCAGUCUGUCAUGCAUCAGGACGCCAUUCAGGACAUCCCAGCCUUGUUGAAGAUUGUUACACCCAAGGAAACUGCCUGGGACAAUGUCGUUGUGCCAUUCAAGUUGGCACCCAGACUACACCUCAUGCUGGCAGAUAUCGAUGCAGGAAGCCACACCCCAACCUUGGUCUCGAAUGUCCUGAAAUGGCGCAAGACCAAGCCUGAAGAGGCCAACGGUCUCUGGUCCCGUCUUGGAGGAUCGAAUGACAAGGUGGUUGAGCUGUUGAAGGAGCUGGAUCAAGUUGCCAAGAGCCAUACAGUGGCAUAUGAUCGUUCGAUCCAGAAGGCCAGCACUGUGACAGCAUCUGCAUGGGCAGGACUUGUGAACCAGACGAUCACAAACGAGGAUGCUACAUUGGAGCUGCUUGUCAAGAUCUACGCCGAGUUCUUGACAGUCCGUCGGUACCUCCGAGAGAUGAGCGAACUCUCAGAGGUGCCAGUUGAACCCGAAGAGCAGACACGGUUGUUGGAUGCAUGCAUGACGGUCCCUGGUGUUUUGAUGGCUGGUGUCCCUGGUGCUGGAGGGUUUGACGCCAUCUUUUGCAUUGUGUUAUCGGACGAGUCCAGGAAGGGUGUUGAGGGCGUCUGGUCUGGUUUCCAGGAGAUGAGUGUUGGACCCUUGCUGUGCCAGGAGUCAGUCGAAGGAGGACUUGUUGUUGAGUUGGGACAUGGACAUGGCGAUAAUAAGCCACUCUCCGAACACACCCCUACCGUCCAGCGUCUCCUCCAGCUUUGA